AGGACGCGCGCCGAGAGGCGCUACAUGGUCGACUUCAAUGAGAGCGAGGGCGAGUCGGCUUUCUUGGUUGUGAGAUCAACAAGGGGCGUCUGGUUCGACAACCCCCACGUGUUCCAUCGGAGCCUCGCAAAGGUGCCAAUCAGCUUUGGUUUCGCGCCUGAGGAGGGGGCCCAGGUUCAGACCGAGCUCGGGCCAACGGCUUCCGUCAAGGUCGGUGGCUACUUCGCUUCCAGUGCGGAGUAUGAGGAGUGGUAUCAGCGCCGCCGCGCGAGCCUGACGCUGCCGCCUUCGCUCGGAGCUGAGGCGUGCGGCGUCAACAACGACGUCGUUGUGAAGGAGGAGGCCGCCACUCAGGAGGCCGCCUCCGAGGAGGCCGUCGUCGCCGAGGAGUCCGCCACCGAGGAGGCGACCAUCAAGUCCGCCGCCGCCGAGGUGUCCGCCGCCGUGGAGGGACUCGCCGAGGAGGCGCCCGUCGCCGAGGAGGCCGUCGCCGAGGAGGCUGCCAAGGAGAUCGAGAAGCCGGCACCGGCCAAGACCGUUUCCAACCCGCCCGACAAGCGGCACAUUGAGGUGGAGGACGACGAGUCGAAGUCGUGGAGGAAGAAAAACCGCCGCAAGCAGAUCAAGCGGGUUUUGGCGGGGCUUGUGGCCAUGGCGAGAGAGUCCGAGGCCUGCGCCUCCCUCAUUCUGGCGUGGUUGUCGCCGCCUUCGCGCCUCACAAUAGCCGAGGCGCUCGGCAUCAAGAACGACGUCGUCGUGAAGGAGGAGGCCGCCACUGAGGAGGCCACCGCCGAGGAGGCCGUCGUCGCCGAG